AUGUCUACGGACGACCAGAACAUGCUACUCCUCCACGCCAUGAUCCAAGUCUUCCAGCCCAACCGCACCGACUGCGACCGCCUGGCCGAAGCCAUGGGCAACGGCGUCACCGGCAACGCGCUCCGCCAGCGCAUCGCGAAGCUGCGCAACAAGAACCCCAUCAACAGCAGCGGCGCCGCCACGCCUGCCAGUAAUACUGCCAAGAAGGGCGGUGGCGCCAAGAAGAAGAGGAACGCUGUCAGCAAGCUCGAGUACGGCGAAGACACCGAUUACGGAGCGACGCCGAGCAAGAAGGGUCGCGUCCGUGGUGGUGCUGGCGCUCGUGGCCGCAAGCAAGUCAGGUAUGACGACAACGACAACGACGACGAUGACGACGACGGCAACCACGCUGAGAGCGAGGCGGAGGAGCUGAAGAGCGGCGCGUCGGCGCGUGCUGCGAAGAAGGCCAAGACGAUGGGCAAGAACGUCAAGCAGAAGCAGCAGGUCUCCGAGGCCGAGGAGGAAGACGAGCUGAAGAUCGAGCACGAGGAGCUGGCCGGAGAUGCCGGUGACGUGGGUGUCGUGUCUGCCAACACUCUUAUGGGCGGCAUGGCUUUCGGUGCGCUCGACGACGAGCCCCUCCUCGGUCAGGGAUCGUUCUUCUAUCUUCAGGAUGAGGAUGAGGAGGUCGUUUGA